CAUAAAAAUUGGCUUAAACUUGUUAUCUAUACAAAACGAAAUCAUUAGCAUUAACAUACUAAUUUAAAAUAGGAAAAUUAUAAAUGACAUAUAUUUUAGUUUUUAACCAAUAUUUUUAAAUGAUCGCAUGUGUUACCCAAACGUUGUGCUACAUGCCACAAAUAUAAUGUUUCUGUUAUAAUUAUAAUGAUCAGUGGUUUACUUCGUUAACGUUAGAUGAUAUCAGGCUUUAUAUCGCGUUUCAUUUCGAGCUACUUAAAAAGUCAUUUAGCACAACUAAUGCUGAUUCUGCCUAUAAUUGCUGAAUCAGAAUUUCAAAUCGUUAGUAUGCAUUCCACCAAACGAAAUUGAAAACAUUUCCACUAAAACAGCUCCGUGCUAAGAUGUAUUACACUAAAAUCUUGAGAAUUAUAUUAACUGUUAUUUUGUUGCAAAGCAAGCUGGGAAAAGUGCUAGCAAAAGUGAGUCAAUGUUUUGUAAAAUAUAUAAUACAUAUUACUACAUUUUUCGUUGUAACUAAUUUACAGAGCAACUUUGAGCUCACCUACACUGAGUUCAAUUGCACCGUCCAUGAUCCGAAGGAGUUCGUUGAGAAACUGUCGUGUUCCAUUAGCAAAAAUACGAAGCGCAGCAGCCUCUUUACGGAGUUGGUAUUUAAAAAAGACUUGAAACAUUUCAACAUUAAUUUUCUCGUUGUUCUGCCGCGCCGUCCUGUGAACUUUGUGCUGUUAAAUUUAACCCACUUGAAUGGUUGCCAAUUGAUGGCGAAUAGGGUUCAAGCGCCGUUCUUGCAGAUAUUGCUUAAUUCAAUGAAACGAGUCAGUAAUUUUAUGCAGGGUUGUCCCUACAAACGCGACACCCUGUACUAUUUUCGUGGAUUACGCUUAAAUUUGGAUGCAAUGCCAGCGCUGUCAUUCGAAACCGACAUGAAGUUGUGGGUGGAUUUUAUGUAUGAACGUUCGAAGCUUUUUCAAUUCUACAUCGACAGUCGCAUACAGUUGAGACGGAAUGGGUCAGAGGCAAAGCAGGGCGCCUGAAUUAAGAA